AUGCGAGUACUCGGAGAUGUUGACGUCGCAGUACUCGUAUACGAUUUUGCACGUGGCGGAGACUUUGCAGAAUUGAAAGCCAAACUCGCGGCGACGACGAGCUUGUGGCGAUUACUGCAACUUGUGACACUUCCGUGUGCCCGACGUCGUCCCCGUGUGUCACGAGGCAUGACGCUCGCGCGAACUGCGAUCGCACGCGUGCUCCUCGUUAAGUGAACUACGGACGAAAGGGGUAACGGCGAGGCAAAAUGAUGUUUACCAGGAUCAGACCGUCUCUCUUAAACCGGUGGUGCAAUGGACGCUCCGUACAGAAACGCUUGUUAAGAAGAAAGAUAGUAGUAAACAAGGAUGAGAAUAUAUUUGACGUGAUCGUUGUUGGUGGCGGUCAUGCCGGAACCGAAGCGUCUGCUGCCGCUGUCAGGAUGGGUGCAAAGACACUGUUGGUCACUCAGAAAAAAAGUACCAUAGGGGAGAUGUCCUGCAAUCCGUCCUUUGGCGGCAUUGGAAAGGGCCAUCUGAUGAGGGAAGUGGACGCUUUAGAUGGAGUGUGCUGUCGGAUAUGCGAUAUUUCGGGGAUACACUAUAAAGUCUUGAACAAGAGCAAGGGACCGGCGGUAUGGGGUCUCAGAGCUCAAAUCGACAGGGAGUUGUACAAGGAGCAUCUUCAGGCGGAACUGUUCAAUAUGCGCGGAUUGCAUAUUUACGAAUCCUCUGUAGAAGAUCUGAUUUUGGAGAACGAGCCUCUGUCCUGCCAAGGAGUGAUUCUCAGGGAUGGAACGAAGAUAUUUGGUGACGCGGUGGUUAUAACUACAGGUACUUUUCUGAAAGGCCAAAUAAACAUCGGAUUAGAGAAAAGGCCUGCAGGUAGAAUGAACGAUGAAUCCAGCAUUGGUUUGGCAAAUACGCUCGACAGACUUGGAUUUCGAAUAGGAAGAUUGAAAACUGGCACUCCGCCAAGAUUAGAAAAAGAAAGCAUCGACUUUACCAAAUGUUUGGAAGUGCUGCCAGACAGUUCUCCCAUACCGUUCUCGUUUAUGAAUGAUAACGUAUGGCUACCGCCCGACAAACAAGUGUUAACGUACCUCACGUAUACGAACGAAGAUGUUGCAAAAAUCAUAAAGGACAAUAUGCACUGUAAUUUACACGUAACGGAGGAGAUAUCGGGCCCGCGGUAUUGCCCGAGCAUAGAAAGUAAGAUUCUGCGAUUCAAAAUACCUCGACAUCAGGUCUGGCUGGAGCCGGAAGGUCUGGACUCGCCGUUGAUUUAUCCGGCGGGAUUGUCGUGCACUCUGCCGGAGGAAAAGCAGGUGGAACUCGUUAAGUGUAUCCCAGGAUUGGAAAACGCUCGUCUAGCGAAACCUGGUUACGGUGUCGAGUACGAUUACAUAGACCCUAGAGAAUUGACCACCCAGUUGGAGACGAAAAAGAUUCCGGGGCUGUUCCUCGCCGGGCAAAUAAACGGCACCACCGGCUACGAAGAAGCAGCCGCACAAGGUAUCAUCGCUGGCGUUAACGCGGCCGCUAAGGUGUUUGAGAAACCGCCGCUCCUGAUAAGUCGAACCGAAGGAUACAUUGGCGUCCUCAUCGAUGAUCUGACGACGGAGGGUACCACGGAACCGUACAGAAUGUUCACCAGCAGAUCGGAGUUUCGACUGAGCCUGCGCCCCGAUAACGCCGACCAGAGAUUGACGGAGAAGGGUUACGCGGUAGGCUGCGUUUCUCGCGAGAGAAUCGAAAAGUUGAGAGAAGUUUGUCGUAAAAUGCAGGAAGCUGUACAGAUACUCAAGAGCGAGACGCGACCCAGUCCCAAGUGGCGGCGGUUGUUGAAUAUGAAGAGCUCCAAGGCCACUGAAUACAAGUCGGCAUACGAUAUGCUAUCCACGUCGACUGAGAACGUCACGUUCGCGAAACUAGUGGAAGUGUUACCAGACUUAAAGCAUCUAGAUGGAGAUCCCAAUCUGGCGAGAAGAUUAGAGAUAGAGACGAAAUACGAUUACGUUGUCGCGGAUCAGCAGGAGCAAGUGAACGACAUCAGGAGAAACGAGCGAAUGACUAUACCCGAUGAUAUCGACUACAACAGUUCUGAGUUAAAUUUGUCCACUGAAGAUCGAGAGAAACUUACAAAACAUCUUCCACGCACGAUCGCAGCAGCCAAUAAGAUAUCAGGUGUGACACCUUCGGCUAUAUUGAGGCUACUUUAUUAUAUUAGACAUCACUCCAACGAGAAUGUUGCAAGAACACAGUAAUGUAUUAUAGUAGCGAAAAAUAAAUGAGAGUAACUUUAAUUUUAAUAAUUCAAAAAA